UGUCUGUUAGUAUAGAAAAAAAUUACUCCCGAUAUUUACAACUCCCACAGUAGAAAUCACCAGAGAGUAAAAUAUACUAAAUACACCUGUUAGUAUCGGAAAUAUUAACCCCCGAUAAUUAUUACUCCCCCUUUAGUAAGAAUCGCCAGGGAGUAAAAGUCAACUGUUAGGCCUUCUACACACGGAGCUAUUAAAAAAAAAACUAAACUGUUUUGUGAUUGAAAUUACUAAUCGGUUACUAACGCAUUGGUGACUCAGAUCCAUACACGAGGCUACUAGUAACAUACCUACUCGUGAUCGAAACCUGUAGUUUGUUCUGAGUGACUAUGGAUGAAGGACGUUUUUCGUCAUCUUUUUGCUACCAUGGAUGUUGACAGUGAUUCUAGUGAUGAAGAAGUAAUAACAGCAUACUACUAUUACAGAAGAAAUAAAAAAAAUAGAAGGUUUUGGGUUCAUCCAUACCUUGAAAAAAAUUUUCAUCACCGAUUAUUCAUUGCUGCAAGAGAAUUGAACCUUUCCGAUACUAAAUUUUUAUGUUUUUAUCGGAUGUCAAAAGAAAGUUACUUAUAUUUGGUGAACCUGAUUUCCCCUGCCAUAAACAAGCAAAAUACAAACAUGAGAGAGUGCGUGAAUGCCGAGGAACGGAUAUUAAUUACACUCAGAUACUUGGGUACUGGUGGGACAUUUGCGUCAAUUGCUGUUUAUUUUGGUAGAGGAGAAUCUACAGUUGGCGGAAUUGUGACGGAAACAGUAAAAGUGAUUUGGGAAGUGUUGGAAAAAACAUUCAUGCCAAUACCAAGUACAGAGCAGUGGAAAGGAAUAGCAAAUCGUUUUGAAACACUCUGGAAUCUCCCAAAUUGUAUAGGGGCCAUCAAUGGCAAACAUGUAAGAAUUGAAAAAUUUCCAAAUAGUGGUUCUUCUAAUUUCAAUUACAAGUCGUAUCAUUCUAUGGUGUUAAUGGCUUGUUGCGAUGCUGACGGGUUAUUCACUAUUAUCGAAACGGGGUUUCCCGGAAGAAACAGCGAUGGGGGUAUAUUCAGUGCCUCCGCAAUGAAAUAUUGGAUCCAAAAUGCAGGACUUAAUAUCCCUCCUCCCACACCAUUAACAUACGAUGAAAACGAUAGUCCGUUUCCUUAUUACUUUGUGGCCGAUGAGGCAUUUCCGUUGUUGAAAUAUGUGAUGAGACCAUACCCAAAAAGAAUUUUAGAUAAUGUGAAAAGAAUAUGCAACUAUAGAUUUAGCAGAGGGAGAAAAACCAUUGAGUGUACGUUUGGGAUGGCAUGUGAAAAAUUUGCUGUUUUGAAUGGUCCUAUUCGUAUCAGAGAUCCAGAAAAUGUGAAUUUGGUCAUAAAAGCAGCUUGUAUACUUCACAACUACGUACGGAAAAAAGAAGGACUUCAGUAUACACCUACUUAUUCUACAAGUUGUGAAUCAAAUAACCACAUUGACGUAAUACCUUUACCACAAAACUUGACUAUAAACAUAACCUCUUCUGCAGCUGCUCUUAGAAAUUAUAUAGCAAACUAUUUUCUUACACCUCAAGCAUCUUUGCCUUGGCAAUGGAAAUAUGCUAUUAAUUAGUUUUUGAAAAUAAUUAUUUUUUUGUCUAAUAUUUUCUAAUAUUGUUUAACUAUUUAAUCACUUAUUAUCUAAAAAUUAU